AUUUUUAUUAUUGUGUCAAUCUAGUGAAGAUGCUUACUGCUAAGAUUGGUAAAGUUGUUAAAAUCCUAGUCUGUGGCAUGAAGGGUGUAGGAAAGACUGCCCUCAUUGAGCAGUUGGUGUACGGAAACAUUAACGCCGAAACUGAACUGCACGCCACAAUUGAAGAUAUUUACUCAAGUAGUGUUGACACUGGCCGCGGAGGCUGCAGGGAAACGAUCCGCAUAUAUGACAUUGCCGGGUUACAGGGUGAACAAGCUCUCCCUCGACAUUAUUUAAAUUUUCCUGAUGCAUUUGUUAUGGUUUACGAUCCCAUCGAUCCUCGAAGCUUAGAUAUGUUAGCAGACAUAAAAAUGGACAUUGACAAACACAAGGAAAAGAAGGAAGUACCUGUAAUUGUACUCGCGAAUGUCCACGCGCGUUGUAAAUUUAAUAGUAAUACUCCUGGACUAAAUCCUGUGGAAAUAAUAUUAGAUCGUGCUAAUAUAUGGUGUCAACGGGAACGAAUUAAACAUUAUACUGUAAAUGCAAUGGAGCGUCCUUCUUUAUAUGAACCGUUCCUUGUGUUGUGUGCGCGACUUCAUCCGCCACAGACAAAGAGUACAUUUCCUCAACUCCGAGUCAUGCAAAGUCGGCAAAAAAGUGAAGCAUAAGAUUAUAAGCACCUAUGAGAUAUUAAUGUUAUUUUCUCUAAGUACUGGUUAAAAAUGUAAUUAUUUUAUUGUUCUGAUUAUAUUGAACUAUAACCUAA